CUUCAUCACACACACAACCACAAGAUUACAACAAGAACAUAAACAAACAAAAAUGGUGGUUUUUGGCUUUGGCAGUAAAGUGAACAUGAAUCCGAAAGGAGGCGGGUCCAGUGAAGAUCCAGUGUGGGAAGCUCGCCUUCAAGAUGAGACGAGCUUCCUUGAACGGGUGAACGCUGACGAACCGGAGUGGCACAAGAUGUCUACGCAUUUUCCCAGCGUUUCUAAAUACUGCUUGUCGCUGCAGUGCAACAUCGUGGCCGAAGCGGUAUCCGAUUGCAAAAACACGCGUCCUGUCGCUGAAUUCCGCGUUUCCGAGGAAGCGGACUCGGCUGGAUUCUUCGUCGUUUCUCGAGUCGGGGACUCGGGAGGGUCCUUGAAAAACUGGUUCCAAGCAAUUCUGGAUUCCAAGGAAUUUUUCUUGCGAGAAACAAGCAGUGGAGAAAUCUGGUAUUUCGCAGUAGCCAUUCAUGUCUGCCAGUUAUCCUGGUAGGACACCUAACCUAACCUUAACAGUUCGCCCUUGCGUGACCACUAGUACUAGUAUCUUAGCUUCUUGAUUUAUUUUACCAUUACGAGGAAAAGUAUAUUUAUUUAUAGUAUAAUAAACUCAAAUCAUCUACUAGUAGUGAGGCGGUAACGCUCCAUAGUACUAUAAGCUCCUCUACUUUGCCUUUUGGGUUCCCUGCCUUUCCGACAAGAACUAGCCCUCCACGUGAGCUAUCCUGCCACGACGAAUCAGAAUGUCAACGUUGGAUUCAUUUGCAAUCUACAGGUUGAUCACUGGUGUGAAGCGUGCCGCAGAUGAGGUGAAGCAUGUGUAUAAGGUUGGCGAAGAAUUGGCUGUCGUCCAAGAUUUCACGGCAAAAGAUAUUGGUGGUAGCAAAGUCCAGGUUACGAAAGCCAACGUCCAAGAGGAUAACUGUCGUGUGGGCACGGUGGAUGCUGCCGGAAAAGUAGCCAUGAUCAUCGUGGAUGUGAACGGCGACUCGAAGUAUCUGAUGGUGACAGCGGAUAUCCGUGACAAGUGUCUGCAGCCCGCGGUGAGCCCUCUCUGGGUGCGCGCUAAAGGACCGCCAGGUUGUCGUGAUGGAUCGCUCGUCCGGUCCUACCAGAAUGCAAUGGAGCUUGGAGAACGCUAUGAGGUGCUCACGCUGGCCAAGGACUAUCUGGCGCGCUUUUGCGCGACGCUCCGCGUCAGUCGAGAAGACAAUGUGUCGAAGGAGCUCCUCAACGCCGUGCUGCAGCCUCAAGAUCAAGCCGAGGGCUCGUGCGAGAUUUCGCGUGUCUACGACGGCGACUUCCCUGUGAACGCAGAACAGGAAGCGCUGGUCACGGAGCUUGGGCACAACCGCAUCACGGUGGCGCAGGGUCCGCCGGGGACCGGCAAGAGCACCACAAUCUACCACGUUGUGAACUCGCUGGGGCAGGAGGACCCGGGAGCGGCGGUGAUGGUCACCUGCGUGACCAACACCGCGAUCAAUAGCAUCAUGGAAAAGCUGGAAAAAUGCGAGGGCAAGGGCGUCAAUUCGCUGGUCCUCGGCAACAGCGAGCGUGUUGGUGUGAAUGCGAAACGUUUUCUCCUAGAGGCGAAGGUCGAGCGCGACUACGCAAUCGAGAAAACCAAGAACGUUCGCGCGCUCUUCGAAGGAACGUGGGUCAAGCCACGAGCGCAGCACGAUCUGGAGGAAGAGAAGGCGCAAGAGGCAAUGCCGUUCUUCUCGUACCGCUUGAUGCCUUUUGAUCUUGAUGCAAAGAAAGUGACAGCUUUGAAACAUGCUUACAACUUCAUGGUCGAUGCGGUUGGCCAAGACGUGCGGGAGCUCGGUGGACCCACGCACGCUCUAGAAAAAGUCAUGUGCGAGUUGGAUGAGCAUCGACGCCCUGAAGCGACUCUGAAGAACAAUGUUCUCGAAGAAGCGCUAACGAACGUGGACCGCUUGUACCUACUUUUUCUACCUUGAAAAUAGGUUUCUAACCAAGAUGUACCUACUUCUACCUUGAAAAUAGGUUUCUAACCAAGAUAACCAAGAUCAUCCACUAUUGUUCCACAGUAGAUGAUACAGCAGGAUUUUCUUCGUUGUUAGUGGAUAAUGAAGAUGUCAACAUUUUGCAGGACCUCAUAUUUCUUGUCCUCAUGUAUAAUUUAGAAAUAUCAUGUGUUUUAAGACAAGGAAGGCGUUCUACUGAUGUCGUAAUAUUCCUAUCCAUGAAAGAACCACGAACUACAGGUGUGAAUGGGCUCGGCAAUCUGCAGCAGGUCGCAUCGUCGCGAAGACAACGUGUUUUCUGUUCACUAUUUCUUCCGGGUACCGGAUGCAGCAGCUCCAAAGUGAAUACUCUGCCAUGAUGCCGCACACGAAGCUGGCUGUGCUUGACGAAGCGGGUGCGACCGCCGAGAGCUACGUUCCGAUGAUCCUGACAACGGGAGUGGAGAAUCUCCUUUUGCUCGGAGACACGAAACAACUUCGCCCGCUGGUCAAGGGCAGCCCUCCCGAUGAUUUCCAAAUCGAUCGCUCUCUGAUGGAGCGCUGCUGUGACGCUGGCGCCGAUCAGCAGAUGCUCAAGGAGCAGUACCGCAUGCCCCCAGGCAUCAGUGAUGUCGUGUCGAAGCUCUUCUACAACGGCAAGCUGCGCACGGGCGCUAACAAGAAACGCGAAGCUGAAGCCCUCGGAGCUAAAAAAGUCGCGGCGCAGCUUCGCUGGCUCGACGUCGAGUCAAAGUACGGAGGUAGCGAGGAGGUGAAAGUUGGCACGUCUUGGUGCAACGGUGAGCAGGCAAUCGUAGCAAUCGCGGAAGCUCUGCACAUUUGGAAAGCAGCUGCCACGCAAAAGAAGUCUCCUGCCGUGAUUUUCAUCAUCUGCAUGUACAAACCGCAAGUGAAUCUGAUCAAUCGCGCGAUCGAGAAAAAUUCCGCUCUCGCUUCCACACUGGGCGCGGACCCCGAUCAUGUGCGCGUGCUUUCGGUGGAUGCGUGUCAGGGCAGCGAGGCGGAUUACGUGAUCCUGGUCACUUCGCGGUCCAACUCUUAUGGGAACAUCGGUUUCUGUUCGAACCCCAACCGCUGCAACGUGGCUAUUUCCCGUGCCAAGGAGAUGCUGACCAUUGUCGGUGAUGCGAAUUGUAUGUGUACAGGCUCCGCUGCGAUGUGGGGUAAGGUCGCAAAAGCGAGCUCUCUAGAAUCGUCGAAGGACUGUUUCAUGAAGCUUGAGAAGGCGUAUCCUUCGGCUCUUGGAAGUGUGCGCGAAACAGUGGAGCUUGAGCUGGAACGGAUGAAAGCGAGCUGUUCGAAAGGCGCAUCAAAGGGAGGCGCAAAGGGUAAGGGCAAGCGGAGCGGCAAAAGCAGCGGGAGAACUUUUGGAGCACUGUUCAAAUUCAACAAGUAAAGACAGAAAUCGGAAUUCUUAUAUAAGUAUGUAAAAAGAGGAACAACGACCGCGUGGUACUAUGAUUUUCUUUCUGGAAGUAAUAUCUCGUAUCUAUUAUUUUAACUGAAUAGUUAUAGUAGUAGAAGCCAAAAAAAUAGUGAAGGACGGCAACGGGUCGUCACAUAGAAUUUGUAGUUAGUAUCGCAGAAACCCAUGACGUGUUGAAGUAUAAGUACCUAGUGAAUUCCAUUUCGUUGAAUGAGCAGCCUUGUCCUCGGCAGCUUGUUCAUCAACAAUAACAACAAAAAUUAAGGGGCGGCAAAUUCAGGUCAUAACUCAACCACGGCCAUGGGAAUAUAAAUUGCGACAUUAUUAAAUAUUACCUCUACAACCGAUAUUAAUAUUUAUAAUAUCUUCUAUAUCGAUCAUUUAUUUAUAUUAUCUCUCACACUCACUCAUGAAGGUGCGAGAUCAUGCUAAGAGAAGCAGGAGACGUCAACGUAUUUGUCUAUGAAAAAUGACAUUUUAUUUUUCCGUUUUAAGAUAUGUAGGAGCAGGAGGUGCGAGAGCAGCAAAAGGUGCUAUUGGUCAAUGAUCCCCAGGCACGCCGGCGGCCUCGCAGAGAAGAAAAGUGAACUGCUUUGUAUGUCGUGAUUAUCAUUAUUCCACCAAGAUCGUGUUUGACUACAACGACUAACUGAAAACGGUACUUUCUGUUGAUGAAUAUGGUAAUAUUUUUUCAUCAUCAGGAGCAGCUGUUGAGGAUAAUAUUAUUCAUCGAUUAACAACUAGAAGGAACUCUUGUUAAGUUGAAGUUGGCACGACCCGUGCACCCGCGCAGCCGCGCAUGGGGCGAAGAAAGAUGUUUUUAUACAAUAUAUUGAUAGUCUUAGUAUGUAAGACUAAGACUUGAUGUGAAAACUGACAAGGUUAGACUUAGAUCUUUGUAUUGUCAAAUCGUAUGCUGAAAAGGUGGGUCGACCCCGAUAAGUGCACGCCACAGCAGCGGUUAAGUGAUUUUUGAAGAAGUUCGGAAAGGUUAAGGUGCUCAAAGAUCAUGAUUGCAACUAUUUCAGUUUUUAUAAUGACUACGCAAAUCACCCUUUGCGGAAUAAAAGGUCGUUGGAAAAAGGUUUUUUAUGAGGUCGUUGGGGAUGGACGUUAUUGCCGCCACAUGGAAGAAGAACGAAGAAGGAGUAUAGAAUUGUCCUCAACAAGCUGAACACUGAUCGCAUUUUCACAAUCUUAGAAUGCUUGUGUCGACUGUUUCAAUCUUAGAGAAGAGCUAGAGUCAAAGGACACAGUGUUGGUAACAUGUCCCUUUUGUCCUUUUAUUUUCUAUCAUUUUCGUUAUCGUUUGAAGUAGAUACGGGAGUAAAUAAAUUGCGACGUGAGAACGGUUCGUCAUUGACUCUAGUACGGAGUAUUCUUUUUGUUUUUGAUUGCAGCGACUAACGAAAAACUGAAGAGCAUUGAAGACUCAACCGGAUGGAUGGUUGCGCACACAAAAUCAAAAAGCGGCUUAUGUUGGAAACUGAUUUUUC